GAACCUUUAAAAAUUUAUUUAUUCCUUUUUUUUAUUAUUUUUAUUUUUUUUUUUGUUGUACAAUUCGAUUAAAUGACUAACUAUUUUCUUUUUAUUAUAAAUAUAAAUUUAUCUAUUUAACAGAAAUUCAAAACAAAAACUAAUAAUAUAAAUAAUUAUAAUAAACCCUUGUAAAGUUCAAUAUAUUUUUUAAUAGUUUAAAAAAAAAGUAUAUACAUCAAAACCAAAAAAAACCACCUUGUAGAUAAUAAUAUAAUAUAAAUUUUAUAUAAUCAAUAAAUAAUAUAAAAUAUCUUUGUGAAUUACUAUAAACCCAAUAAAUUCUAUAAAUAAUUAAAACAAUUAUAAAAACAAAACAAUAAAACAAAAUGAGUAACCAAAAACAAAAUUCAAUUGUUGACGACGAUAAUUGGAAAGCUCAAUUAAAAUUACCACCAAAAGAUGAAAGAAGACAAACCGAGGAUGUUACAGCAACAGAAGGUAACGAGUUUGAUGAUUUACAUUUAAAAAGAGAUUUAUUAAGAGGUAUUUUUGAAAAAGGUUAUGUUAGACCUUCACCAAUUCAAGAAAAAGCCAUUCCAAUCGCAUUAGCAGGUAGAGAUAUAAUGGCCCGUGCCAAGAAUGGUACCGGUAAAACAGCAUCCUUUUUAAUUCCAGCAUUAGAAAAAACUGACCCAACCAAAGAUGUUAUUCAAGUUUUAAUCUUAGUUCCAACUAGAGAGUUAGCUCUCCAAACAUCUCAAGUUUGCAAAGAACUCGGUAAAUACAUGAAUGUUCAAGUUAUGGCCUCAACUGGUGGUACAUCAUUAAAGGAUGAUAUUAUGAGAUUAUACAGCCCAGUUCACAUUUUAGUUGCCACCCCAGGAAGAGUUCUUGAUUUGGCUCAAAAGAAUGUUGCUAAUCUCUCAAACUGUCAAACUAUGAUUAUGGAUGAAGCCGAUAAACUUUUAUCACAAGAAUUCCAACCAUUAGUCGAACAAUUAAUCAAUUUCCUUCCACCACAACGUCAAAUCCUUUUAUUCUCUGCCACUUUCCCAGUCACUGUGAAAUCAUUCAAAGAACAAUAUCUUCAACAAGCUUUUGAAAUUAAUCUCAUGGAAGAACUCACUCUUAAAGGUGUCACUCAAUACUAUGCCUUUGUUGAAGAACGUCAAAAAAUUCAUUGUCUCAACACCCUCUUCUCCAAACUUCAAAUCAAUCAAUCCAUCAUUUUCUGUAACUCUGUUAAUCGUGUAGAGUUAUUGGCUAAAAAAAUCACUGAACUUGGUUACAGUUGCUUCUUUAUUCACGCUAAAAUGGUCCAAGCUCAUCGUAAUCGUGUUUUCCACGACUUUAGAAAUGGUGCAUGCCGUAAUCUUGUCUCUUCUGAUCUUUUCACUCGUGGUAUCGAUAUUCAAGAUGUUAAUGUUGUAAUCAAUUUCGAUUUCCCAAAACAUUCAGAAACUUACCUUCAUCGUAUUGGUAGAUCAGGUCGUUUCGGCCAUCUUGGUCUUGCUAUCAAUCUUAUUACUUAUGAAGAUCGUUUCUCAUUAUACAAGAUCGAACAAGAAUUAGGAACUGAAAUUAAACCAAUUCCACCAGUCAUUGAUAAAUCCUUAUAUGCUGCCUAAAAAAAAAAUUAAAUAUUAUUACAUAAUUAAUAAUAACAAAUA